CCAGGAGCAAAGAUGGCCGCGUCACCUCCAUCUCUCUCUCUCUCUCCCCCCUCUCCAACCUUCCGGCCGCCACCCGCAGCCCCGGACUAGGGUUCCGGUUCCGGUUUCCUCCCCCCACCCCGCCACCAAAAACAUCAUGGCCGGGCUGAAGCGGCUCAGGAUCGGCACCCACGACGGGACCUUCCACUGCGACGAGGCGCUGGCCUGUUUCCUGCUCCGGCGGCUGCCCGAAUAUCAGGAUGCAGAGAUCGUUCGGACUCGUGACCCUAAAGUGCUGGCAGAGUGUGACGUGGUGGUGGAUGUGGGUGGGGUUUACGAUCCUGCGAAACACCGCUAUGACCAUCAUCAGAGGUCCUUCUCAGAGAGCAUGUCCAGCCUGAGACCGGGCAGUGGAUGGGUCACCAAGCUGAGCAGCGCGGGGCUGGUUUACCAUCAUUUCGGGAGGAGGAUCCUGGCCCAGCUGCUUCAGACCGACUGGACUGACCGGCGACUGGACGUCCUACAGGACAAGCUAUACGAAAACUUUGUGGAGGAGAUUGAUGCCAUUGAUAAUGGAAUUUCCCAGUGUGACGCAGAGCCCCGGUACAACGUGACCACCAACCUGAGCUCUAGGGUGGCUCGCCUCAAUCCUACCUGGAACGCUGAGUGUCAGGACACGGAGGUUGGAUUCGCCCGGGCCCUGCAGCUGGUGGGCUCGGAGUUCCUGGACCGACUGGGAUAUUAUCACAGGUCCUGGCUCCCAGCUCGGGCCCUGAUCGAGGGGGCAGUCCGGGGCCGCUACGAGGAGGAUCCGAGCGGGGAGAUAAUUGUACUGGCGAAGGGAGGCUGCCCCUGGAAGGAGCACCUGUUUGAGCUGGAGAAGGAGCUGCGGGUGGACAAGCCCAUUAAGUUUGUGUUGUACCCAGACCAGCGAGACCAGUGGAGAGUUCAGUGUGUACCUCAGGGACUGGCCACUUUCCAAAACAGACUGUCGUUGAUGGAGAGCUGGCGUGGGUUGAGGGACGACCAACUCUCUGCUGCCAGUGGGAUUGCAGGCUGCGUGUUUGUCCACGCCAACGGGUUCAUUGGAGGAAAUGCAACCAAGGAGGGGGCCCUGGAGAUGGCACGAGUGACCCUUGACUGGGCCUCUGCGGUCAAUGGGACGCCCGAGUCCGAGCUGAGUUGAGCCAGGAGACUGAACGGCCAUUGUGUGUGUGUGUGUGGUGGGGGAACCGGACCGGUAAUAAAUUCUGCUUGGUCAAUC